AUGACGUCCCUCGACGAGGACGCUCGACCGGUAUCGCCCUCACCGUCGCAGCUUCCACCUGUACCGUCAUCGCCAGUGUACUCAAUAGCAUCGACUGCGAACCCCAUCUCACAAUAUAACCUCCCCGUUCCACCCGCUCCUCGCCCAGCCCACGCUAUCUUGACCAAGAACGACUUAGCAAACUCCCAACAGGCAUAUUCGGAUUUACUCGCGUCAGCAAAGGCCUACAGACAGGCUCUAGCGUCUAUAUCUACUGCAGCAUCCGAGUUUGGUUCGGCGCUAGAAGCAUGCGCGCGACUAAAAGAGUCUCGCGCUGAGCCUCUUGGCCCGUCGAGCGGCGCGAGUCUUGCGGCAAGCUUUACUACAAAGGGAGCUUGCACAGCGGAUAACCUCCUUGCAACUGCCGGAGUGCACCAUCUUGUUGCAAACCACCAUCAAAUCCUAUCAGAAACCGUAUAUCGAUCCUUUGAAGUACCACUGCUUCACGACCUCGAUCGAUGGCAGGCAGUCAUAGAUGACGAAGAAGAUACAUACCAACAAAAGAUCAAGACGCAAGCAAAAGAAGUUAAACGGUUAGAAAAGGAGGGCAUGAAAUUACACAAGCAAAAGAGACGAGACGUUGCUCGAUUCAGAGCGCAUCUGGUUGAGCUGACAAGCAAGUUGGACGGGCUCACCACACUGCAUGGCGACCAUGCGCGCACGAUGCUCCGCGAAAGCCAAGAGACUAGCUCAAGAAUUGUCGACGCAAGCUGCAGUCUAGUACGGGCUGAAGUUGAUAUCUUUGAGAGCCUGGCUAAGAAGGGUUGGUCAGGUGGUGGCUUGGAAGACAUUCUAGAGAAGGGUCAAGAUCUGUUUGCAACUGAUUUAGCCAGCGGCCAGGGAGCUUCAGGAAGCGAUGGAGUUAAGCUGUUCUCUAUCCUCCCGCCAAAGAGUAUCCUGGCAGAUACGGGCUCCGAAGGGCCACGACCAAACCACGGGCGAAGCGACAGCCUUCUUGUGGACACGGAGCGAUACCAAUCUCUCUCUGCAGUAGCAUCUGACGUCAAACCGGGAGAUGCUGAAAAUGCCUACUCGACAGAUUUCAACAAACCCCGCAAUGCUCGACCGUUUUCGCCACAACCCAUCCGCCGCAUUCCUGUUGAUGUGACGAUUGAUUCUCUCGGAGCAGCAGCAGCGUUGGCAGGUGAUCAGGAUGGCGCUGCCCAACAAAAUCAACAAGACGAUAACGAAACUUCUGAAGAGCAACCUGAAGUAAGGCAAGAGGUCGACACGCAGGAUGGAUCUGAGAACACGGUACCUGCAGAUACUGUGGCGAACAUGUAUGCUCCUGAUCCAGAGCCUAUUAAGACGGAUCAAGGAGACAAAGACGCAGACGAAGAUGACGAUGAUCGUGGAAGGAUGUGGCCAGAUACCCCAGUACAAAGAGAAGAGUACGAUUCGAUGCCGGAGGAAGCAGAGUCUGAUAACAUAUGGCGACGGAAAUAA